AUGAAGUAAGAGCAAGCUAUUAUACAGCAGAAUUAAGCUCCUCUAUAAAUUCCUAGUAAUCAGUAAAACUAAAUUCACUAGCUGCAAUAACAACAUUUUGAUUCUUUCAAGCAGAUGAUGCCUUAAAUAACCAAUAAUUAAACUCAAUAAGCCUAAUCAUACACGCAAAUGCCUAUCUAAUUCAUAAUGAAGCAAGAAAUACCAAUAUUCUAACAGUCACCAUCUGGGAUGCUCACCCUUACUUCAAUCCAUAGUUCACUUAGCAGUAUUACUAGCAUGAACAGAUGCUCAAGCAAAAGCAGUAAUAGCAUCAAAUGA